CUCUUCCUCCUCUGCAGCAGCAGCAACAUCAACAGCAGCAGAAACAGCAGGAGAUUUCACUGGAUCAGACACGAUGGUAGCAGCGCACACGUCCUCUCAUUCGUCGGAAUCUGCCGAGUGGAUUAUUUGUCUGGAUAAAAGACCAGCAGAGCGCUCGGGUGAAGAUGUCGACAUAAUCCUGGCUCGUCUGAAAAAUGUGAAGGCUUUGGAGAGAUUCCACCCCUGUUUGCUGCAGCAGAUUUGUUUGUGUGGGUUCUACGAAUGCUUGGAAAAAGGGAUAACAUUGUUUCGACAGGGAGACAUUGGUACAAGUUGGUAUGCUGUCCUUUCCGGUUCCCUGGAUGUGAAAGUGUCUGAAACAUCAAGCUCUCAAGAUGCUGUCACUAUUUGCACGCUGGGGACCGGCACAGCGUUCGGAGAGUCGAUCCUGGAUAACACGCCCAGACAUGCUACGAUUGUCACUCGGGAAUUCAGUGAGCUUCUACGCAUCGAACAAAAGGAGUUCAGGUCUCUCUGGGAGAAAUAUCACCCCUGCAUGGCUGGACUUCUCGCUCCACCGUAUGGCGUGAUGGAGAGCACUGGAUCUGACAGAAUGCCAGAAAAGGAAAACAUAAGCAGCAAUUCAUUUGUCUCAGUGUCCAAACAUCUAAAUAAGAAGUCCUUUCCUGAAAGUCCAGCCAAACUUCAUACUAAAAGUCCAACUCAGGUUCCCUCUGAGAGGAUCUUGCGAGUGGGGAAGAUUCUCCGCCAUGCCAUCCUAUCCAGAGCGCCUCACAUGAUUCGAGACAGAAAGUAUCAUCUCAAAACAUACAGGCAGUGCUGUGUGGGGACAGAGUUGGUGGACUGGCAGAUGCUGCAGAGCUCCUGCGUCCAGUCCCGCAUUCAGGCUGUGGGCAUGUGGCAGGUGCUGCUGGAGGAAGGUGUCCUCAAGCACGUGGAUGGAGAGACGGUCUUCCAGGACAAGUACCUUUUCUACCGCUUCCUGGACGAUGAGCAGGAGGACGUUUUGAGACCCAGUGAGGAGGAGAAAAGGGAGAGCCAGGAGGAGCUGCAAGACACUCUGCUCUUCCUGUCGCAGAUUGGACCAGAUGCUCUUAUGAGGAUGAUCCUGAGGAAACCGCCGUCUGAAAGAACGCCAGACGACUUGGAGAUAAUUUAUGAAGAACUGCUCCAUAUAAAGGCCUUAUCUCACCUGUCCACCACUGUAAAGAGGGAACUAGCAGGAGUUCUCAUCUUUGAAUCCCAUGAAAGAGCAGGAACAGUCUUGUUCCACCAAGGAGAAGAGGGCACAUCCUGGUACAUUAUAUUUAAAGGCUCGGUGAAUGUUGUCAUCUAUGGAAAAGGUGUUGUCUGCACACUCCAUGAAGGAGACGACUUUGGGAAGCUGGCGCUUGUCAAUGACGCCCCCAGAGCUGCCUCCAUUGUCCUUCGAGAGGACGACUGUCAUUUCCUGAGAGUGGACAAGGAGGACUUCAACAGGAUUUUGAGGGACCUGGAGGCCAACACAGUGCGUCUGAAGGAGCACGGCCAAGAUGUUCUGGUGUUGGAGAAGAGUCUCAGCAGCAGCCGGAACUCUGUCCAGGGAUCCUCUGCAGCUCACCACAAAUACAACAUCAUGUCCGGGACGCCGGAGAAGAUUUUGGAGCACCUUCUUGAAAUGAUGCGAUUGGAUUCCCAGUUCACUGAGUCAGAUUCGGCCUUAGAUGAUUUUGCGCUCACACACUGCGUCUUCAUCCCGAACAGUCAGCUAUGUCCUGUGCUUAGCGACCACUACCACGCCCAGGCCUCACAAGGCUCAGAGAUGGAGAAGCUGGACUACACGCUCAACAACAAGCGCCGGGUGAUCCGCCUGGUGAUGAAAUGGGCUGCUGUGCAUGGAGAACACCUGCAGCAGCAGGACGUGGUCUUCCUUGAGGAGUUUCUCGUGGCUGUUUCAGAAGAUGCCAAAGUGCUUCCAGCCCUCAGGGAUCACCUGACAGAGCUGGAAAAAAUCAUAAAAAGCAGUGCAGACGAUGCCAGAUCCUCGCAGAGAAAGCACAAAGUCCUUCUGCAGCAUUUCAAUAUGGUAGAUGAGAAACUUCAGAAACGUCAGCCCAUCAAUGGAGAUGAUGAAAUCCUGUUCAAAGUCUACUGCUGUGACCACACCUACAUCACCAUCCGGGUCCCAGUAGCCUCCUCAGUCAGGGAGGUCCUGGAGGCUGUGGCCGACAAGCUGGGGUCAGCGGAGGAUCUGAUCCUGGUCGGCCUCAGUUCAGCUGGAGAGAAAGUUGUCUUCAAACCAAACGAUGUCUCCAUCUUCUCCACACUCAGCAUAAAUGGACGACUCUUUGCCUGCCAGAGGGCCCAGCUGGAUAUGUUGAUGCCUCUGUCUGAACAGGAGGGUCCGUCUCUUGGGUCUCUUGCCAAUUUUGAGUUGAUGAGCUCUAAGGAUGUGGCUUACCACAUGACCUUCUACGACUGGGAGCUUUUCCAUUGUGUACAUGAGCUUGAACUCAUCUAUCACACGUUUGGGAGGCAGCACGUCAAGAAAACCACAGUGAAUCUGGAUCUCUUCCUCCAGAGAUUUAAUGAAAUUCAGUUCUGGGUAAUUACAGAGGUUUGUCUGUGUUCCCAGCUGAACAAGAGAGUUCAGCUCCUCAAGAAGUUUAUCAAGAUCGCUGCUCACUGUAAAGACUACAAGAAUCUAAAUGCCUUCUUUGCCGUCAUUAUGGGACUGAGUCAUCCAGCAGUGAGCAGACUCAGUCAGACAUGGGAGAAACUUCCCAGCAAGUUUAAGAAGUUUUAUGGAGAAUUUGAAAACCUAAUGGAUCCGUCCAGGAAUCACCGGGCGUAUCGACUCACAGUUGCCAAACUGGACCCGCCCAUUAUUCCCUUCAUGCCACUCAUGAUAAAAGACAUGACAUUCACUCACGAGGGCAACAAAACAUUUAUCGACAAUUUGGUCAAUUUUGAGAAAAUGCGGAUGAUGGCUAAGACAGUGAAGACAGUGAGAUAUUGUAGGAGCCAAACAUUCAGCCCGGAUUCCCCUCAGGCUGGGAAGCAUCACCCCGAUGUUUGGACCUACGUUCGUCAGCUCAGCGUGAUCGACAACCAAAGGACCCUAACUCAGCUCUCUCAUGGACUUGAGCCCCGCAGGUCUUGAAACCAGCCGGGGGCAGAAACAUUUUCCCUUUGAUGCCGCUUCACGACGUAACGCAGCACUUGUACUCGUAUCAUUUUUACUCCCGACACAGGCAAUCACAUGGAGGACCCAAUGAGGUGUUUGAUGAUGAGAUAUUGUUUCAGCAACGACUUGAGCCUUUUAUUACAGUCAUUUGUGAUUUUUCAACAACUGUAAUUGUUGUGAAAUGAAGUACCUCUUAUAUCGAUGUCAUGCAGAUAUCAUAUCAUAUCCAAUCCAAACAGGCAAAGGAAAUGAUGACUUCUGGGUGGUGGGAGUCUAAUUUAUGGGAUCAUUGUGUACAAUCUCAGAUGUAAACAAAAUGUGAUUCUCCUGGCGUUCAUUUUUUGUAUCUUUUGUAUCAAACUGCUUUUUACUCCUAAAUAGGUUUGUUGUAAAUUUUGUACAGAUAUUUAUUAGACUUAAGCAUGAGUUUAUUAAUUCAGCAUGUCUUUCUUAAAGCUUUAAAUGUGAUAUUAAAAUUAAAUAUUUUGUUGUAUUGGUGUACUGUAAUUCA